AUGCACUGGUUUGCCGCCGUGUUGAACGCUGCAAAUUUUCUGCGUUAUGUUACUCGAUUCUCUUGCGAUACUUUUGGCUUCUAUGUCGCCUGGGUCUACCUUCAAUACGGGAUUCAAGUUAUUACACGUCAGCUCUCCAUCACCGAUCCUGACAGCGUGUUCGUAAGCAUCAUUCUGGCACUUGUAAUGUUGGUCACUGGGCAUCUCUUUGGUAUGUUGGCUCGCUCAAACAUUGGCCACCGAGUGGUACGGAGGUUUUUUGCGGACUACGGAAUGCCUAUUUCAGUCAUUGCGUGCACUGGACUAGCCUACUGGGGAAGAUUUAGAUUAGCGAACCCUCUCACGCUGCCAACCUCUGGCGCAUUCAGCCCCGCCGGGAAUCGCCCGUGGUUAGUGAAGUUUUGGGAGCUCGAAGGCAAAUGGGUUGGCAUUGCACUUCCAUUUGGCUUUGUCUUAUUUAUUCUAUUCUACUUUGACCACAACGUUUCUAGUCUCAUAGCCCAGGGCUCUGAAUACCCCCUACGCAAACCUCCAGGCUUUCAUUGGGAUUUCUUCUGGCUCGGUAUUAGCACGUUUUUGCGGGUACCCGCACCCAAUGGUCUAAUCCCUCAAGCGCCCAUGCACACAGAGUCCUUAGUGAUAAUGGGCAUUCAACGUAAAAAUGACGUUGAAAAGAUAUCCAAAAACGGCCCCAGUCAUGGUCGGGAGGAAGAUUUUGAGCUACAUGGAACUCAGAAUUACGAAAGCCAAAACCACCAAGAUUCGGCUGAAACGAGUACAUUAGUCGAAGAGCACCCCAUCGCGGUCGUCGAGCAGCGUGUUUCAAAUCUAGCCCAAGGCGCUCUGUGUCUAGUUCUAAUGAGCGGACCGUUACAACAUGUGCUUGGCUUGGUCCCACGAGGUGUCCUAGCCGGGUUAUUCUGGUAUAUGGGUAGUGAUCACCUUCGAGUAAGCGCGGUGACUGAAAAGCUGCUUUACCUUAUCCGCGACCCAGCAAUGGUGUCUCGUUCAGAGCCCUUGCGCAAGGUCCGACGGUCGCGCGUGACAUUAUUCGUGGCUAUUGAAUUAAUUGGCUUCGGUGCCACAAUGGCCGUCACGCAAACCAUUGCUGCUAUCGGAUUUCCAAUUGUGAUCAUGUUGCUCGUACCAGUGCGGUCGUGGUUGAUACCUAAGCUCCCAUUCACGCCCGAAGAGUUGUCGGUUUUAGAUGGACCAACUGCCUCACCAUUUGUGGUCUUCCGUUAA